AUGAUCACUAUCGAAGCUAGCAAGAAAGUCUGUUCGCCGCGACAGGCGGCCCAGCUCAGCCGCGGGUUGACCCCGUUUCUAUACCAAGCCCAUCACGCUGUUGGACUUGGGUAUCCGGCCACCAUCCGAGUUGCUGCUGCCGUUCAUCAGUCUCAAUGUGCUCAAUCUCUCACUCCUUGUUCUGGCAAACGGAGCUUCUCUACGACAGGUAGCAACCAACUGCGAGAUGUUUUCCCGAUCAAGGACACGCCCUACAUCCGGCAAACACCGCCAGCUUGGGAACAUCCCGGUUACACCGAGGAGGAGAUGCGCGCCGUCGUCCCAGGGCAUCGCAAGCCUGAGACGGUUGGCGAUUGGGUAGCGUGGAAGCUUGUCCGCCUGGCCAGGUGGGCUACCGACCUUGCCACUGGCAUCGGGCGAGACCAGCAGGUAGACAUGAAGAAUCCCACAACGGCUCUGGUGGCUGAGAAACCCUUGACCGAAGCCCAAUGGCUCGUUCGAGUCAUCUUCCUUGAGUCUAUCGCCGGCGUCCCCGGUAUGGUCGGCGGCAUGCUCCGCCACCUUCACUCUCUCCGGCGCAUGAAGCGCGACAACGGCUGGAUCGAGACCUUGCUGGAAGAGUCCUACAACGAGCGCAUGCACCUCCUCACCUUUAUGAAAGUCGGCGCUCCCGGCUGGUUCAUGAAGACCAUGAUUCUGGGCGCGCAGGGCGUUUUCUUCAACGCCAUGUUCCUCAGCUACCUGGUCUCACCCAAAAUCACCCACCGCUUCGUCGGCUAUCUUGAAGAAGAAGCCGUCCACACGUACACGCGCAUGUUGCACGAGAUUGAACGCGGGGACCUACCGAAGUGGUCGGACCCCAAAUUUGAGGUGCCCGAGAUCGCAGUGUCGUACUGGCGGAUGCCAGAGGGGAAGAGGACCAUGAAGGACUUGAUCCUUUAUAUCCGGGCGGAUGAGGCUGUCCAUCGCGGUGUCAACCACACGCUCAGCAACCUCAAGCAGAAGGAGGAUCCUAACCCAUUCGUGUCGGAGUACCGUGUUGGUGAGGAAAAGCGUAAGCCGCAAGCUGGGUUGAAGCCAACGGGGUACGAGCGGAACGACGUUAUCGGUUGA